UGUCCUGACUACAGCCGGUUAGUUUGACGGGUGAUGCGAGGCCGCUGGACAGUGAAACAGGUGAAUGGCUUCAUCAGUGUGUUAGCUUGGAUCAGAACUGCAACUAAAUUCACUGCUCGAGUGAUGGAGUUUCCAGAAGAUUUCAACCAGCUUGAACUCCUUAACACACAUGGACACCUGAUCCCCCGAGGGGUCAGCAGCCUGUGGACUGGAAGCAAGGAUGAGGAGGAGGAGGUGGAGGAGGAGGAAGACCACGGUGAGGAAUGGUAUCUAGGAAAGGAGGAAGCUCUCAAAGAUACACCCAAAGAGCUCAUGCUGUGGGCAGCAGAAAACAAUCGUGUAAGUGCUCUUUCAACAGUCCACAGUUUGUUAAUCACAGAUCCUUCACUGGUGCACUGCUGUGAUGAGGAUGGUUACACUCCGCUGCACCGAGCAGCGUACGGCGGCCAUGUUGAAGUCGUCUCUGCUCUACUCGCCAGCGGCUCUGAGGUUGACCCUCGCACCAUCGACGGCUGGACGCCCCUUCACAGCGCUUGCCGCUGGAGCCGCGUCACUGUGGCCAGUUGCCUCCUGCAGCGUGGAGCCGAACUGAACGCUCAGACGAAUGGUGGGCUCACGCCUCUACACCUGGCUGCUUCCUACACAAGCUCUUCAAAAACAGACUCGGCACAGACGUUAGAGCUCCUCCUGUCUCAGAGACACCUGAAGCCGGGGCUCUGCAGCAGCAGUGGGGAGACGGCGGGUGAUGUGGCUCGACGCAGUGGCCCUCAUCACUUCCUGUUCGAGAUGGUAGAAGACUGUGUCAAUGUGGCGUCAGUGUCAUGAACAAAAACACAGGCCCAAACAGUUGUUUUUGGAUUUUUUCUGCAUGACAGCAUUUGUAUUUGAUUAAUCUGCUUAUUUUCUCUGAUAAUCUAUUACUUGUUUUGUCCAUGAAAAAGGAGGAAAAAAAGCCCAACAUAGCCUGUUGCAAUUUCCCAUAUCCCAAGGAGACCUCAGUGGAUGUUUUAUACAACCAGCCAUCCAAACAAAACCAAAGAAAAUACAAAAUUACAUAAAAGAUGCUUUAAUGAACAAUUAUUAGAUCAGUUGACUAAUCGACUAUUUGUUUCAAGUCUAAGGUGGGAAAAAAAUUAAUUUGGACAUAUUACACAUAAAAAAAGACCACAGCUUGAGCAUUGCAUUGCACAUUACUGUAUUUACUUGUGAACCAGACCUUGUUGCAGCAGAAUUUGAAUAGGUUUGUACAGACUGAUUCCCUUGUGUUUUUGUGUCUAAAGCCUUGUGGAUGUUCAUGGUCACAUUUCCUUUUCAAUAAAUGAAUAUUGUAUCUUUGCAGGAGAA